ACCAUGGAGGGAUUCAACCAAUCUGGAGUAUCUGAAUUUGUAUUACUUGGACUUACUGAUUCUCCUGAGCUCCAGAUUUUUUUCUUUGUGAUGUUUUCUGUUUUCUAUCUAGUAACUAUGUUGGGCAACUGCUUGAUUUUGCUCACAGUCCUAUCCACCCCACACCUUCACUCCCCCAUGUAUUUUCUCCUCAGCAACCUCUCUCUCAUUGACAUGUGUCUGUCCUCCUUUGCCACUCCAAAGAUGAUCAUAGACUUCUUUGCUGAGCAUAAGACCAUCUCCUUUGAGGGCUGCAUUUCUCAGAUCUUCUUUUUGCACCUUUUCACUGGGACUGAGAUUGUGCUGCUGAUCUCCAUGUCUUUUGACAGGUACAUUGCUAUAUGCAAACCUCUCCAUUAUUCAACAAUUAUGAGCCAAAGAGUGUGUGUUGGGCUUGUGGUGACUUCUUGGACCGUGGGCUUCCUGCAUACAAUAAGCCAGUUAGCUUUUACUCUCUGUUUACCUUUCUGUGGUCCCAAUGUUGUAGACAGUUUCUUCUGUGACCUUCCUUUGGUCAUCCAGCUAGCUUGUAUAGAUAUCUAUGUUCUUGGAAUCUUCAUGAUCUCAACUAGUGGUGUGAUUGCUCUUGUAAGUUUUCUGCUUUUGCUCACCUCCUACAUCAUUGUUCUUGUCACUAUCAAGGAUCACUCAUCCACUGGAUCAUCUAAGGUUUUUUCUACCUGCACUGCACAUUUCCUAGUUGUGUUAAUGUUCUUUGGGCCCUGCAUUUUCAUCUAUGUGUGGCCUUUCACCAACUUUCUGGUGGACAAAGUUCUGUCUGUUUUCUACACCAUCUUCACCCCCUUUCUGAAUCCACUUAUCUAUACUUUGAGAAACCAGGAAAUGAAGACUGCUGUGAAGAAGAAACUAAGUAACCAAUACUUAAAUCUUGGGAAAACUACUCCAAGAUAUCCAGUGCAAUGA